AUGGGGGCGGCUACUCACGACUUCAGAGAUAUUCGUCGGCAACUGAGUAGCUUGAAAUGGACCGAUCGUCAGAAUCUGCGAUGGGACAAGGGAGUUCCCUGCUCAAUGGCCCCGAGCUCCGAGGUGGGCUCGCCCGCCUGUGGCCCGGGAGCCCGUAGCUCAUCACCUUCGUAUUAUCCCCGUCCUCGGAAUGAAGUCGCGAUCCGACGCACGGCUUCGCGUCUGUAUCGGAGACGUCAUAGAGAAAACCUCGAGAGAGAAGCAGUAGAUCCGAGUCAAUCGAAGAAGAAAUCGAGAGCUAAUCGAUUAGGAAUCAGCUUUAAAUUCAACGGGAGGUCGAGGUCGCUUCAGCGGGGUACCGUGCCGUCAAUAAACGACGAUCCUGAAUCUCUCCAGCUCAUCGGAUUCAGGAGGGUGAAAGCUAGAUCUCACUCUGCUGAGGACUCGAGCCCUUCGAGGAGCAUAUCAUCUGAAGAUAGCGGCAGAGAUCAAGAAGAGCUUGAGGAGAAGCCAGCCGUCCAUCAGAACGAAAUGGAGCGACAGGAGAGCUUUCGGAAACUAGUCAAGGAUUCCCGUGAAUGGUUAAGGUCCGGGAUUAGCGAUGGAGAGCUCUGGAGCCCAUCGGAACAGAUGGGGAAAUUCUUCGAAGAAGCUCAAACCAAAUCCAGCGAAUCAUCCAACGAAGAGUUCGCUGAGUUCAUACAGCGCAACCGAGAAUCAUUCAAUAGACUUCUCGAGACGCGAGCUUCUGGCACGAAACGCCUCGUGGAUCGAGACAGCGGGAUCUUCACCGAGCAGGAAGUUCAAACUGGUUCUGCCUCUUCGUCUUCGACGAACUCGAGUUCACGAUCGUCGCAAGCCUUCCAACGGCACAUAAGAAUGGUCAAGUCCACCUCACAUGACGCACACGAACAGUCUGUUCACAAGGUGUCUGCCGUCCACCGCACCGAAUCGCAAAUCAAAACUUCGGGAACGCACCCGGAAUUCAAAACAAUCAUUGAGCUCAAUGGCGACAACAAUAAGCCUCCGGAUUUCCAAAUGCGCCCGGACAGCCUAUCGAUGGCUUCGUCUGAACCACAGUUACGCGCGGCUAUACUCAAAAGACCGCUAUCAGAGUUCCCGACUCGUUUCCCCCCGAUGUCGCCCCCUAAUUUACCCAAUAGGAUGUCGACUGGCUUCGAUGCCAACAUGAGUUCUUCGUAUCACUUCAGCACUUCGCGGAGCCGUUUUCAGUACUGCGGUGAGACAAACACUUUCAAGUUCUCUACGGAACAUGUUUCAUCGUCGUUCUCCGAGCAGGGUUAUGAGAGCGUAAGUGAAAGCGAAGAUGAAGAAUCUGUGGACGUCGAUUCGGCGUCGGAAACCUCAUCACAAACGGAAAGGAGUGAACUCGGUUCGCAAUCCACCGUUUCGAACGCGCCUCGCAGCGAAUCCUGCGCCACUCUCAACGCGGCCGAGAAUCAACAGAAAACGCAGAACGCUCUGAGAGAAAUAGCCUACGAACUUCUCUCGACAGAGAGAACAUAUGUCUCAAUUUUAACGCUUCUCGAUCAGGUGUUUCACUUUCGGGUCGACCAAGAGAAUCGAGCAGCUCCGAUGUUCUCGCAGGAGGUCAUCACCCAGAUGUUCUCAAACCUCAAGUCGCUGUUCAAGUUGCACAACGACUUCGUGCUCCCGAAGUUAGAGGAGCGGCUUCAAAAUUGGGAAAACAAUCCACGCAUCGGUGAUCUCAUGCGUGAGCUGGCUCCCUUUCUGAAGAUGUACACCGAAUACGUCAAAAACUAUGACACUGCCAUGCACCUCAUUGGAACCUGGUACCAAAAACAGCCUCGCUUCGCAGCCAUAAUGGAUGAUGUUCACAGUAUGCCAGAGUGCGGGAAACUCCAGGUUUCUCAUCACAUGUUAACGCCUGUUCAGAGAAUUCCGCGGUACGAGCUCUUGCUGAAAGAGUAUUUGAAGAAACUGCCCGACGAUUCCCCGGAUCGAGAAGACACAGAAAAGGCUCUCGAACUUGUUGCGACGGCAGCCCAUCACGCAAACGAAGCGAUGAAGAAAAUUCACAAAUUCAAGAAAUUGUUGGAGAUUCAAGAUCUUGUUGGGGGUGUCAUCGACCUCGUGAGUCCGUCGAGGGAGUUGCUCAAGGAUGGGAAAAUAAACAAAAUAUCUGCUCGGAGCGGUGAUACGCAGGAAAGACAUUUAUUUGUGUUUAACGACUUACUCGUACUGUGCAGUCAGAGACUGAUUUCACAGCGAGUUGUAUCAGGCCCUCUAUAUCGAGUAAGAGCCCGUCUCGAGAUGGAUGGUCUCAUAGUCGAAGAGGGGGACAACUUGGAAACGCCCAAUUCGUUCUACGUUCGGAACACCGGCAGGAGUAUCGAGCUCUGCACACAGAACUCGGAUGAAAAGCUUGAAUGGAUGCAAGUGUUGGCGAAGGCCGUCCACGAUUUGGCUCAGAAGAAGAGCUCACUCAAGGUGCAGAGAGAUUCGGAGGAGUGUGAUGUGAAGAGUCCGGAUAGUUCCGAGUUGGGACUCGUCGCCCCACGCUUGGUGAAAAGCGAUUCUGUGAGUCACUGCAUGAACUGUGCGACGCCGUUCUCAGCGUUCGGGAGAUGGAAACACCACUGCCACGCUUGCGGAAUUGUUGCGUGCAGAAAAUGCCUCUCCAAGAAAAUGCGUCUCGCCUACGACUCGUCCCGAGUUCUGCGAGUUUGUGAUCGCUGCCAUAAGCUGCUCAUACAGAGUGGCCAGCUGUCGCAUGCCAAUGACGAGAACAACGAGAAAUCACAAUUCAAAUCGCCGCCUGACUCUCCGGUGCUGCCUCACGCCGACAAGGCAGUCAUUAGCGGAUACUUGAAAUUACGAACGAACGGACGAUCGACCUGGUCGAGGAGAUGGUUCGCGCUGCAGCCUGACUUCGUCUUGUACUCCUAUAAGUCACAAGAGGACAAGUUGCCGUUAACCUCUACGCCGGUACCAGGCUUCUUGGUAUCCCUGCUCGAAAAAGGGGAUGCAGUGGACCCGAAAAUUCCUCACACAUUCAAACUGUUCCACGUAAAGAAGUCCUACUACUUCCAAGCGAAUGACGGUGACGAGCAGAAAAAGUGGAUUAGUGCCCUGGACCAGGCCUCCCGCGCGGAAGACCUAGUUUAG